AUGUCAUCAUCAUCAGCUUCCUCCUUUUUUCCGACGCUACGAUCUUGUUCGAUAAUAAAGACCCGUAGUGAUUAUGUGGUUGAUCUGAACGCCACUAAUUUCGAUUCUGUUCUCAAGGAAACCCCUGCUACUUACGUCAUUGUUGAAUUCUUCGCACACUGGUGUCCAGCCUGCAGAAACUAUAAGCCGCAAUAUGAGAAGGUUGCUAAGCUUUUCAAUGGAGCAAAUGCUGUUCAUCCCGGAAUUAUAUUGAUGACUAGAGUAGACUGUGCCAAUAAGAUAAAUAGAAAACUUUGUGUUAAGUUUCAUAUUCUCCAUUAUCCAAUUCUCUUAUGGGGCGCGCCUUCUAAAUUCGUGGGCGGUCACUGGAAUGGCAAAAAAGAAAAAAGUGAAAUUAUUUCUAUCGAAGAUGGAAAGACCGCCCAACGCCUGCUCAAAUGGAUUAACACACGACUGACAAGCUCGUAUGACUUGGAAGAUGAGAAAUUCGAAAAUGACGAGUGUCUGCAGUCCAAUGUCUCGGAUCCUGGACAGAUUUCACGCGCGAUAUAUGACGUUGAAGAAGCAACGAAUGUUGCAUUCGACAUUAUUUUGGAACACGAGAUGAUCAACUCGGAUACUCGAGCUACAUUUAUAAAGUUUAUGCAGAUUAUGGUGGCUCAUAAUCCAUCUAGGAGGUGCCGAAAGGGAAGUGCUGAUAUACUUGUGAACUUUGAUAAUAUAUACCCUUCAAAUAUUUUGUCAGAAAAUAUUGAUGAACAAACUAAUAUCAAUGGACUUGAUGCUGCUCUGCAUACCUUUCAGAUUUGUGGAAAACAAGUUCCUCGUGGGUAUUGGUUGUUUUGUCGUGGCAGCAGGGAAGACACUAGGGGCUUCAGUUGUGGAUUAUGGGUUCUAUUACAUUCGGUUUCUGUUAGAGUAGACGAUAAAGGAAGCCACCUAGCGUUUACUACCACAUGUGAUUUCAUCCACAAGUUCUUCAUAUGUGAGGAAUGUAGUCAACAUUUUUAUGACAUGUGCUCAAGUGUCGUUGCACCUUUCAACACGACACGCGACUUUGUACUUUGGUUGUGGGCCACACACAAUAACGUGAAUGAAAAAUUAAUGAAAACCGAAUCAUCUCUCAGAACCGGUGAUCCAAAAUUUCCAAAAAUAAUUUGGCCUCCAGAACAACUCUGCCCAUCUUGUUAUGCUGUCGGAAGUCAAACGAAAAACAAUGUUAUCAACUGGGACCACAAUGAGGUGUUCAAGUUCUUGGUCAGCUACUAUGGGCCUAUGCUCGUAUCCCGUUACAAGGACAUUGACUCGGUGAUCAUGGACACAAAAAGCGGUUCAGAGGAUUUAUUAUCCUCAAGAAAUGCAGUUACAGUGCCCGUGGGUGCGGCUAUGGUGAUUGCGGUGGCUAGCUGUUUAUUUGGGGCCGUGGCUUAUGCUUGGCGAUCACAACAGAAGAACCGGAAGUAUUUUUUACAAACUUUGCUUUUUUAUAUAAUGCUUAGAUGGGAAGAUUGCAUCUAA